AUGAAUGGAGAAAAUUAUCAGAUUCAUAUUUUGAAAGUUGAUUUCUUAAUAUGUUUUGGUGAUGGUAAAACUCAAUCUCAAAAUUUAAAGCUAGGUGUAUGCUAACCUCAAUUUCUAUACAUUUAAUUAAUAACAAGGAUUAAAACUCUCCUUAAUUUAUAUCAAUAUCCACAUAGGGAACUAAUUUACGAAAGGGAAUAUAAAAAUAAUUAAAAAGAUGUACAUUUCAAAAGACAAAGAAAAGAUGUAAUUAAUAAGAAGUUAAUCAUAGUUGUGGAGGAAUGUUUAAAUAUGUGAAGGCGCUUGGUUCAAUCAAAAUAGGGAUAUAGGUGGAAAUUCAUAUGGCUUUCCAUUUCUAAAAAUGAGUAUUAAAACAACGUAUUAUGGAUUAUCAAUUAAACCAAAAAUUACACAAACUCAAUUUUUUAAAUAUAUCCGAAGCCUAUAUGAUGAGGGUAUGGUUUCAAUAGCUCUAUGCCAGAGAUAAAACUCCAAUUUAAUUAAAAUACAUCUACUCCCUAUAUCAACCAGAUAAGCUGUAGUUAAUGAAAAAUUUUCAUCUGUCAGCCAAACAGAGUAGCGAGAUGAAUGUUUACUUUCUCACGAUUUUUGUUCCCUCCAUGCUUGGCCUGUCCAUCUUGUUUGCCGAUUCCAAAGAAACCAAGAAGGAGUAGAAGGCAAUAGAAAUAAUUUCAAACUCUCUGUCAAGAUAUAAAUGACUGGUGUACAACUAAUUUAAGAUAGAUGA